UCAGCCUGGGCUGCACAGCCAGGUGUCAGGUGUGUCUCUGCUGAUCUGAGUCUGCAGCAUGGACCUGCAUCUUCCCUGAAGCAUCUCCAGGGCUGGAGAGACCACUGCCAUGGCCUAAAGGAAUGAGAACCAGGCUCCUGGGGAGGGCAGUUCCGCUUCCUGUGUGGCUGCAGAUGACAAAACCCCAUGAGAAGGACCCAGCCUCCGAGUGGCCACACCCUGUGUGUCUCUGUCCUGCCAGCACUGAGGGUUCAUCCAUCCGCAGAGCAGGGCAGUGGGAGGAGACGCCAUGACCCCCAUCCUCAUGCUCCUGAUCUGUCUCGGGCUGAGUCUGGGCCCCAGGACCCAUGUGCAGGCAGGGACCCUUCCCAAGCCCACUCUCUGGGCUGAGCCAGGGUCUGUGAUCACCCAGGGGAGUCCUGUGACCCUCAGGUGUCAGGGGAGCCAUCAGGUUCAGCAGUAUCGUCUAUACAGGGAAAAAGAACCAGCAUCCUGGGUUAGACAGAUACGACAAGAGCUUGUCAAGAAGGGCUAUUUCCCCAUUGGAUUCAUCACCUCGGGACAUGCGGGGCGUUAUCGCUGUUGGUAUUAUAGCCGCAAUCACUCAUCAGAGCACAGCGACCCCCUGGAGCUGGUGGUGACAGGAGCCUACAGCAAACCCACCCUCUCAGCCCUGCCCAGCCCUGUGGUGACCUCAGGAGGGAACGUGACCCUCCAGUGUGUCUCACAGGUGGCAUUUGAUGGCUUCAUUCUGUGUAAGGAAGGAGAAGAUGAACACCCACAACGUCUCAUCUCCCACUUCCAUGCCCGUGGCUGGUCCUGGGCCGUCUUCUCCGUGGGCCCCGUGAGCCCGAGUCGCAGGUGGUCGUACUGGUGCUAUGGUUAUGACUCACGCUCUCCCUAUGUGUGGUCUUUACCCAGUGAUCUCCUGGAGCUCCUGGUCCCAGGUGUUUCUAAGAAGCCAUCACUGUCAGUGCAGCCGGGUCCUGUCGUGGCCCCUGGGGAGAAGCUGACCCUCCAGUGUGGCUCUGAUGCCGGCUACGACAGAUUCGCUCUGUACAAGGAGGGGGAACGUGACUUCCUCCAGCGCCCUGGCCGGCAGCCCCAGGCUGGGCUCUCCCAGGCCGACUUCUCUCUGGGCCCUGUGAGCCACUCCCACGGGGACCGGUACAGAUGCUCCGGUGCACACAACCUCUCCUCCGAGUGGUCGGCCCCCAGUGACCCCCUGGACAUCCUGAUCUCAGGACAGUUCUAUGACACGGUCUCCCUCUCGGUGCAGCCGGGCCCCACGGUGGCCUCAGGAGAGAACGUGACCCUGCUGUGUCAGUCACAGGGGCAGUUCCACACUUUCCUUCUGACCAAGGAGGGGGCAGCCCAUCCCCCACUGCGUCUGAGAUCAGAGCACCGAGCUCCUAAGUACCAGGCUGAAUUCCCCAUGGGUCCUGUGACCUCAGCCCACGUGGGGACCUACAGGUGCUACGGCUCACGCAGCACCGACCCCCACCUGCUGUCUCACCCCAGUGACCCCCUGGAGCUCGUGGUCUCAGGUGUUUCAAAGAAGCCGUCACUGUCAGUGCAGCCAGGUCCUGUCGUGGCCCCUGGGGAGAACCUGACCCUCCAGUGUGGCUCUGAUGCCGGCUACGACAGAUUCGUUCUAUACAAGGAGGGAGAACGUGACUUCCUCCAGCGCUCUGGCCGGCAGCCCCAGGCUGGGCUCUCCCAGGCCAGCUUCACCCUGGGCCCUGUGAGGGGCUCCCAUGGGGGCCAGUACAGAUGCUGCGGUGCACACAACCUCUCCUCCGAGUGGUCGGCCCCCAGUGACCCCCUGGACAUCCUGAUUGCAGGACAGAUCCGUGGCACACCCUUCCUCUCAGUGCAGCCGGGCCCCAAGGUGGUCUCAGGAGAGAACGUGAGCCUGCUCUGUCAGUCCUCGUGGCAGAUCCACACUUUCCUUCUGACCCAGACGGGAGCAGCUGAUGCCCACCUCCAUCUAAGAUCGAUGCACAAAUAUUCUAAGCACCAGGCUGAAUUUCCCAUGAGUCCUGUGACCUCUGCCCACGCGGGGACCUACAGGUGCUACGGCUCACGCAGCUCCAACCCCUACCUGCUGUCUCACUCCAGUGAUCCUCUGCGGCUGGUGGUCUCAGGAGCAGCUGAGACCUUCAGCCCACCACAAACCGAGUCCGACUCCAAGGCCGGAGCAGCUGACACCCUCAGCCCAUCACAAAACAAUUCAGACCCCAAGACUGCCUCACACUCCCAGGAUUACACAGUGGAGAAUCUCAUCCGCAUGGGCAUGGCUGGCUUAAUCCUGGUGGUCCUCGGGAUUCUGCUAUUUGAGCCUCAGCACAGCCAGAGAAGCAUCCAAAAUGCAGCCAGGAGGUGAACAGGAGAGAGAAGAAUGCACCCUUCAGAGAGUUGGGGCCUUAGGAACAGAUCUGAUGAUCCCAGGAGGUUCCGGGAGACAAUUUAGGGCCAAUGCUAUCUGGACUGUCUGCCGGUCAUUUCCAGAAGGAGGAAUCAGUGUUGGACUGCAGAGACAUUUUCCCAGGGUGAUCCACGGAGGACUAUUAACAUGUGAUACCUUUCCUCUCUGUUAAUGUUGACUUCCCUUGGUUGGAUCCCCUUCUUUUCCCACCCCCAGACAUGAGGCUACAUCCCACACGGCAGCGUUGGGUCCACAGCUCUGCACACCUGCGUGCUCUGGUCUAUGGUGCGUAACACAGUCUUCUUUAUUCCUCAUUGCCACACUCCCUGGUGUGCUUUACUGAGCCUCCAUCUCUUCAGUUCAGAGUUCCAAACACACGUCAGUAACUAAAUCAAUGGGGCAGUAUCGGAUUUCCACCAGGAAAAGACAAAUCCACCCUGAUGCCCUGACACCCUCUCUGAACCUUGUGAGCCCUUCCCUCCUUCUCAGAUGCUACCUGUUUAGCUUUGCCUCAGAUCACUGUGUAACCAUCACUGCCAUCCUGUUCCACACAUUGUCAUCACCCUACACCCAGUCAGCAGCCACUCCCCAUUCCUUCUUCCCUCCAGCACCUGCUAACCACGAGUGUGCUUUCUGUCUCUAUGGGUUUGCCUAUUCUUGCUGAAAACAUUUCAAUCUGCCUAUGAUCUGUGAGCUCCUCACUUCGAGACUUCCUGCCUUUCCAGGCAGAACCAAAGUACAGCAUGUCAAAAGCAAUGAUAGCCAUUUGCAGUGUGUUGGUGAUCCACGAAAGGAAAAUCACAGAAGCAGGAGAGAAAUCCAGCUGCAGACAAGACCUCAGGUCAACAAAUCUUGUCAAGCAGUUGAACUGUUUCUUUCUACUGACCUAGGACAGUCAGACAGAAGUAUGCAAAAGGACUGGGGCUGAUUCUUUUCUGAAUUGUCCAAAACAGCAAGAGGACUUGAGUCCUAGCACUAAAGAGUUCAACAUGUCUAGGUCAAAGACCGCUGUUGUGUUGGAAGGAUGUAAAACCCUGCUGCAUAGAAUAGAAAGUUUGGAGGGAGGAUCCUGAGAAACACGAGGGAUCAAAUAGUCCUGAACUUUCUAGGACAAAGGGAGCAGCCAUUUGCCAUCUACCGUGUAAAAUAAUGAAAUCUUAUCAUUCACCCCCUACUGUCUAGAAUAAAGUAAUCUUAUCAUUUGCCGACUA